AUGACUGUACCUCUUGAACCCGCUUCCUCUGCACGUAUUUUUGCGUGUACCCAGUGUCCAAAGAUGUUUGCAACACGGUCCAAUCUCAAGCGUCACAUGGAGAAUCCCAACAUUCACAACAUACCUUAUGUCCGCAGUCGUGAUCAAAAGCGAUGGAAGGGGCAUGCAAAAAAAGUGGUGUCAAAAGAAGAGACCACAGAAAGGAUGCGCAAGUGGCGUGCAGAAAAUCGAGAAAAGAAUCGGCAAAACGAUCUUCGAUGUCGUGUCUAUCGUCUUGCACGUCAAAAGUUUGGAGAGCAUGAUUCAGCUGAAAAGCAACAAUUUGUACGUGACGAAAUUGCUCGCCGGCUAGGACGUCGCAUGAUGUUGGAGCAAAGAGCUGAAACUCCCGAUGCUGCCAGUACUACUACUACCACCACCACCACCACCACCACCAUUUCUUGUCAGGAACAACAACAACAGCAUUAUCAUCAUCAUCAUCAACCUCAACUUGUACUUCCACGUCGUGGACGUCGCAUGCAUCAUCAUUACCAUCACCAACACGCAAGCGAUCUACCAUUCUAUAGUGCUCCUCAACAAAAGAUUGAACUACCUUCCAUUGAUCUACAACGUCCAUCCUUUUAUCGUGCCUCCUCGUCUUUGGAUUCACCCACGUCACCUACUAUGCCGCAUUUAUCCCCUAGUUGGCGUAGUGAACGCCGUGUGAGUAGUGCCAGCACAGCAAGCAGCAUUGCUAGUAAUGAUUCCUACAAGGCACCAUCACCCACUAGCACCACCACAACCACCACCGAUGAUGAUGAGGAAUGGCUUUCACAAAACAUGUCUACGGAUACUUUACCAUCAAUGCAUUCACUCUUGUCGUUUACACCCAACGCCACAUAUUCCGAACAUCCUGCAGCAGCUGCAACAACGCCUACUACUACUACUACAAGUGCUUCCAUGGAUCAUCAUCCUCAUCAACCCAUGCCAGCAGUACGCUAUGUUGAACAAACAAGGAUUUUGGAUGAAUUCGUUGGUGUUGUUCUUAAUUAUGCUGAACAGCCUCAUUGCACCAAGCCAUGA